CGGCGGCGGUGGGUGCGCUCCGCUCCGCGCCGCUCCGCGCCCCGCGCCCGCCAUGGCGGCUCGCCGCCCCCGGGCCCUGCUCGCCCUCGGCCUGGCCCUGGCCACCGCCGCCGCCGCUACCGACCCUUUCUCGUCCCAGCUGGGAGAUACCACCGGCUGCCGCGGGCAGUGCGGCCGCAGCCUGCCGCGCCGAGCCGCCGCCGAUGCUGUUCUCAACGCCUGUUACCGGGGCUGCCGGCUGUUCUCCAUCUGUCACUUCGUGGAUGCGAGCGCCGAGCUGAACACAACCAGAGCCGAGUGUGAAGCAGCCUGCGCUGAAGCCUACAGCAACGCAGAGGAGCAGUUUGGCUGCGUGACGGGGUGCCGCAAGCAGCUGCCGGAGGUGGAGAGCAGGAAGGAGAAGAGCCUGGAGCUGAAGGUGCCGGCGUUCUCCGUGUUCGAUUUGGUGUCCACUUUCUGUAACGACAUUGUCAGCUCUGCCCAGAGCUUCAUCUCCUCCACCUGGACCUUCUACCUGCAAGCGGAUGAUGGCAAAGUCGUGGUGUUUCAGUCCCAGCCUGAGAUGGAGUAUCCAUUCCCCGAGAUGCAGGAGACCCAGCCGGCGCGGCCAGGACAGGGGUCCAGCCCCCGUGUCCCCCAGCCCCACACAGGCCCCCGGGGAAAGGGGGAGAAGCCCCCCAUGAAGGAGCCGCGGGGCAAAUCCAAGGCACAGCACCCGGACCCCCCCCAGCCAGAGCACGAUUUCCUCGGCUGCAUGUCCAAGUGGGGGGUGGUGGGGUGUUACAGGCGCUCGGGCCUUCCUCGCUGGAUCCUGGCCGCCUGCCUCUUCCUCUCCAUCAUGGUGAUGCUGUGGCUGAGCUGUGCCAGUUUGGUGACUGCCCCCGAGCAGCACGUCAAGACCCAGCCUCUGAGCAUCAACGGGGACAAGGAGUACCUGGAGGACCUGGACGGCCCCAGCACCUUCCCCCUGCCGCCCGUCAUCGCCGUCACCUUGUGCCCCGCGCACGGUGGUGAGGAGGAUGCGGGGCCGCUGCCCCUCAAAGUCGACCUGGACAAGACCAUCCUGUAGCGCUCCCACCCCAUCCUGUCACCUCCACACCACCUCCCUGUCACUGUCCCCACAGCAUUGUCCCUGGUCCAGCUCUGCUGCCCGUCCCUGGCUCCUGGAGGGGCAUCUCUGGCUCUGGCACAGCGGGGACCGGGGGUACGAUCUGGCUUGGUCCCACUCUCCUCCCCAGGGACAGCCGCUGCAGAGGAGGCUCCCGGGAGCUGGGCAGCAGCUUUGCCUCCUCUGUAGAUGAGCUGUUUGCUGGGAUCCUGGUUUCCAGAGCUCAGGAGCCAAGAGAGGAGCUGCCAGAGCAGGGAGGCUGGAGGGAGCCCAUCCUCGUAGCGGGGCGGUCUGUCUCCUCCCGACCGGAGCCCCCGGGGCCCCGCAGCCCUCCGGGCAUGGGUCCAGCGUUGGGCAGGAGGGAGCCGGCUGUGGUGGGGGGAUGGAGAGUGUCUGCAGCGUUCUGGGCUUUGGCUCGGCACAUCCCCGGCCUCCCACCUUGGGCUGAGCCUCCAAGGCGCCGUCUCCGGCCCUGGGAACUCCCUUCCGCCGGCCGGAGCCGAUUGCCUUGGGGAGCCGAAACGUGGCGAAUGGAUUUGGCGUUGGCAGCCGGAGAGAGGAGAGGAUCUCGCCGCCUCCGUGCCCACGCGAGGACCCAGCCGGCCCCUUCCUGGAGCUGCGGAGGGGCCCUGGGAUGGCUCCUUCCCCUCCCUGCUCCGUGAUGCUUUCGGGGCGGCUGGCCCCGAUGCUGAUGGGUCGCUGGUGGGACCGAGCAGGGGACAAGGCGGCGUUUCCCUGCCUUGUGCUGCUGCAGCGUGUCCGAGCUCGGGCAGGAGGUGGGAGCUGCCGGGAUGCCUCUGUCCUGGCUCUCAGCAUCCCUGCCCGAUGCCAGCCCUGGGGUUUCCCAGCUCCGCAGGGCUCUGCUCCCGCAGCCAGGGCAUCUCCCCAUCUCCCUGCCCUUCUCCAAUCACUUGACUUCGUGCAUCGUUUCGUGGUUUGAUUUGCACCAGCAUGUGGUUCAUCGGCCCCCGGCACCCCGCGGGGACACCCCUGUGCUCGGCAGGGACGGCUCGGUGGCGGCGGUCCCUGCCAUCCCCACGUCCACCUAACACAUCUGUACAGAUUAACUUAUUACCCGCGACACCCCACCCUUGGGUUUUUAGGCUCUAUCCGUGUGCCAGCUGCUCCCUGGCGCUGAGCGGUCUCGGGGGGGGUGGGCCAUGGCGUGGUGGGGCGGGGGGCUCUCAUCCCCAUCCCCGCCGGUUUUGUGCUGCUCCGUAUCACUUUCACCCGUGCAACAUAUCUGGGUUUGGGGAACCGGGUUGGGGGGGAGGUGGGAGGGUCUUGUGUCCGUUUUGGGGUACACUUAACCAUUGUUGCUUUUUGGCCGCUCGGCUCAGUGUAAAGUUCGGUGGGGUCUGUGGUGGUGUCCCGGCCACGGUGACUGUCCCCGUCCUCGGGGUGUAACCGUGCCAGGCCAUGAGUUUGGGGGGGAGAGGGCGGCCAUGGAGCCCCCCUGGCUUUGCUUCCAAAGGGCAAACCCAGCCCCAAGCUGGCUGGGUGGCGCGGGCGGAAGGGAAAUAAAAGGUUUAUACCAGA